UGUGAAUAUAUUUCAAUGUUUAAACCGUGCCUGACAAGUAUAAAGCGAUUCUAUGAGGAAUAUUAAUAGAAAACCGAGAGAGUCGGGAUUCAGCACUACUAGGUUUACCGCCUGCCAGAAAUAGUUAUGGCGGCGGCCAGUCCACCAUGUCGAGUAUGUAACCAUUUACUAUCCCCUAAACGCCGAAGAAGCAUCUUUGGUAACACAUUUGGCGUAAUCAGUCAGUUAACCGAAGUUUUAGGAUACACUCCAAGCUCAAGUGACUGCUUAUCAAAGUAUGUUUGCGAUUAUUGUUUUGUAAGAUUGAGCAAGUUAGCCAAGGUCGAUUACGAUAUCGAGCAUUAUCUUGAUGCACUUAAGAAAAAGAGACUCAGCCUUAUCAACGAUCUCAGAUCCCGAUCCCAACAGGAGUCAGGUCCUACUCUCCGUAGCCUACAGUCUGUUGCAAAUAGUUAUGGAACUGUUCAGACGGGACAACCUUGCCCUACUGUUCUGAAACCAGAAGUGAUCGAAAAAUCUUCAAACUGUAGGAGAGUUAGAAAGUCCAGGAAGUUUCACUCUACAGUGUAUAAGAAAAUUGCACCAAAGCAACAAACUGACACUACAAUAAUAGAACCAGAAAAAAGCACAAAGGUCGUAGAGGUCAAAGUUAAUUUUACUCUGUUCUCACCUGAUCAGAUAAAAGAAGAGUUGAAUUAAACCCAUGGAC